AUGUCCUUUUCCACUCUUGCGAUUGGGAGUGGCGAGCUCAGCAAUGCUAUCAUUCCUCCCCACUUUUUAAUGGGCGUUGGCGCCAGCAUUGUCACCUAUUUUGCCACUUACUUUACCGUGGAGAAGCUGAUUCUCCCAAAAUUCUUCAAGUCGUCGGCGCUGUAUCAGAACAUGGAAAAGUUGACACCCUACAAGAGAACAAGCUUUCUGUGUAUCUUCCCUUCGACGGUACAUGCGGCGGUUCAUUGCUUUGGUUUGCCGACGCUGAUUGCUUUGGGAUAUUCGGAAGGACACAAUCUGCAAAAGAUUGCCUUUUACGAUGAAAUCUGGCCAGCCUUUUAUCAGGGAUUCUUUGCGGGUUACAUGAUUGCCGAUUACGCCAAAACAUACGAAGACUUGGAAACUGCCUAUGUGGUACAUCAUAUCGCCUCGUGUGCGGCCUGGUUCUUGUCAGCCUAUCUCCGAAGUAUGCAAUGGCAAACUACAUUGCUGCAGUUUUGCGAGUUUUCUACCUUUUUUUUGAAUUUGCGUCAAUUCUUUUUGACGUCGGGGUAUCCAUCGAGUGGAACUACCAUGACGAUUACGAAUCUAAUAUUCUUUUUGACGUUUACGGCGGUCCGAGUGGUUCCAAUGCCCAUGAUCAUUCGAGAAUGGGUGACCCUUGGAUUCCAUGACAUGAGAGCCAAGGAUGGUCUGGCAAUGGCCAGUGUCGGUACCAUGUUUACUGUGAUUCAUUGUGCAUUGCAGACAACGUGGUUUGCAUUCAUGGUCAAGAAGCUGGUUCGAGCAUUGAGUGGGGCCAAGGACAAAGGGGAUGAUGAUGAUGAUGAUGAUGACGAACAAGCAGAUGAUACAGCUACGAAAAAGAAGGAUUAA